UGUAAAUUUAUUAUGUUGUAUUCCACAAGAGACUGCACUUUGAUCGAGUUACGUGCAGUUUUAAUUACCUUUACAUCAUGAUACAUGACAUUUUGAAUGUAUAUAGUCGACUCCAUUUAAAUUUUGUUUAAAUAUAUUUCAAGUUAUUGGCUCAUCUAUUAACAUCGCAUUGUCGUAAUAUAUAUUGCGUAAGCGUUAUUUUCUCGUAUAAAACUAUUUGAAUAGCAUAUACACUUUUGAUUUUGUGUCGAUUCAAAAUACAUAAAUAUUAAAAUUUAUAUUUAUUAAUAUUUUUUUAAUAUCCACAAUUUUUGUUGCAAAACAACAUAAAUUUAUGCAUUAUCUAUUCAUAUUUUUGCUUGAGCGCUUACAUUUUUUAUCAUUCUUAACGUUACAUAGGGCGGGGAGAGAGGCUCAAGAGCGUGCACUUCCUCUCCGUAAUUUUUCCUAACUCUAUUUUUUCUAACCCAAUCAAUUUUAUGUUGCUAUUUGGAUAAUACGAAACAUUGGAAACGAACAGCGUGGAUCUUGUUUGGCGUGAAAAGUCGCAAACUCAUUCAAUACUUUUACCGUAAUAUUAAUAAACGCUUGUACUGUACCACAUUGCAAUUUUCCAUGCCAAACAAGAUCCACAUUGUUCACUUUCAAUGUUUUCGCAUUAUCAAAUAGCGACAUAAAAUUGGUUGGAUUAGACUUAGGAAAAAUUACGGAUGGGGGUGCAGAGGGAGGAGCGGAGCCCCUUAUUUAAAUAUAUUAUAUACUAUUUUUUACAGUUUAUCAUCUUAAUUGCCAUUAUAAUGUCAUCACCUUAAAACACGCCUCAACAUAAUUAAAUAUAAAAUGACAUAUUUUUUUACCUUUUCUUUCUUCUACCAAAUUUAUUUUUAUUAAUAAAUUAAGGUAUAAAUUUUAGAAUUCACAAUUCACAUUUCGUUAAUCACACGUUAACUUACAUCCGUCAUUCACACAUCAAUAUAAAUUUUAAACAAAAUUUUUACAGGCUCUAUUUUUAUUUUUUUUUCUCUAAUUUAUUUGAAAGAAGUAUGAAUGUUCUCAAAAAAUAAAAUAGACAAGAUUGUUUGAUGCGUUUAUCAAGUGUCGCGCUUGGAAAGGUUUGGUGAAUAUUAUUCAGCACUGUGUUACGGGGAAGUAAAAUUAGUUCGAUCUUCAAACAGAAAUGAUAAAACCACUUCAGAGAACGUGAGAGGGAAAGGGUUUGUAGUCACAAAUAAUUGCGCACUUACUCCCUGCAAACGCAAUUACGGUAAGCUAUUUUGCUGUGUCAGAAGGAAUCAAUAAGUAAGUUUCUGUAAUUCAGCGCAUGGAUAAACGUCCAUACGGAAUUGUUAAUAAACCGUAAUAUUAGUGUCUCGCAAAAUGACAGACAGGAAAGACAUUUGGAAAACUCGGUACUAUCUUAUCCUUAGAACUUAUAUGACUAUAUCGGGUAUAUGGCCGUACAGUAGACUUCGCAAAAGAUACAUACGCUUUAUACCGACGUUUAUAUUCUGCUUUAGUAUUCUGAUACCCCAGUUACUGUAUGUGGUAAUUGCCCCAAAUAUCAAUGAAAUUAUAGAAAGUGUAACAGCAGCGUUCAUCAGUAUAAUAUUCAGUGUUAAAGUGGCAAGUAUAAUGUUUGACAAAAAUGUAAAGUCUUGUUUUAAGAUAAUAGAAAAGGAUUGGCAAUCAUUAAAGACAGAUGUAGAAAGAUCUAUUCUGCAACAUCAUACUGAAUAUGGACAAUAUCUAACGACAUCUUAUGCAGUUUUCAUGCAUAUGACACAGGUUUUUUACUUGCUCAAACCAGUUAUCCUGACGCUCUUAGAAACUGAUGUCACAAAUUCUACAUCUGUAUCAAAGUUGCCGUUUCGAGUCGAGUACGGUGUGGACGUAGAUCGCUACUUUUACCCAAUAACAAUUCACUGUUAUCUAGCUGUAUUCGCUCACGUAUUUAGUACAGUCGCGGUUGAUUCUUUAUAUUGUACACCAAUCCAGCAUGCCUGUGGAAUGUUCUCCAUCAUUGGACACGUGCUAGAGGAAAUUGGUAAAAAUAACGAUGCUAAUUUUUCUAUAAAUCUAAACAAGAUAGAAGACGAUAAUUACAAGAAGGCAUUCGAUUGCUUACGUAGACACUUGCAAGUAAUAGAAUUUGCGGAUUUAAUCGAAUCUACGUUUACCAAAAUGCUUUUUCUCAGCGUUAAUCUGAAUGUGAUUGGUGGUAGUAUGACCGGUAUAGCGAUGGUAAUGAAUUUAGGCAAAGGUUUUCAUGAAAUAGCUGCACCUAUGGCUAUUUAUAUCGCGCAACUUGUUCAUAUCUUUCUACAAUUCUGGCAAGCACAAUUUCUAUUAGAUUACAGUACUGUUCCAUGUGAAGCCAUUUACAGAGCAAAUUGGUAUUAUACUUCGAAGAGAUGUCAAAAGCUUUUUCUUUUAAUUAUGACUAGAACUAUAUCACCAUGCAAAAUAACUGCCGGCAAAAUCGUAGUUUUAUCAAUCGAAGGCUUCGGUACAGUUCUUAAAACGAUGAUGUCUUAUUUUACGGUGUUACGUUCCUUCCAGUGAUAAUGCAUCACAUUGAAGUAACUAUACAUAAUUAAUAAUACAUCGUUAUAUAAUAAAAUUAUGUAUGAAGUUUUUCUUCGUAUUUAUUGUUAUAAGUAUUGUAAUAUAGUGCUGAAUUAAAUGAAAAAAAUUAUGUUUCUAUAAAUUUGAAAAUUUACAUUUCAUAUACAUUUUAAAUCACAUUCUCCAUUCAUACCAUUUAUAAGCAAUAUCUCAAUUUUUAAACGUAAAACAAAAAUUAUGCUAUAUGACUUUACAAUUCUCAUGCUCCUCUAUGUUUUAUUUUUACUUACUUUUUGUAAAUGUUCUAGAGAAACUUACAAGUUUUGAAAAACAAAAUACAAUAACAUCCAACACGUUUCUUAAAUUUUGCUUUUAAAAUAUUAUUCAAUGGACAAUAUACAUUUAAAUAACUUUUAAAAGUUACAGAAAUCACAAUCAAUUUGGCGAAUCGUUGUAUCUCACGAAAUCAAUUAUAAUAAUCCAAUGUAUCUUAAUACGACAGACCGAGUGAAUAGUAGCCGAAAAUACCACUUCGUCAGAUAGAAAAAUGAGAAAAAGAACGCAUCAAGUUGCAAUCUUGCAAUGAUUCUGUGCCAACCCAUACAGUAUUGAAAGAUUGCAUCCAGAUUGUUAACAAUCACCACUGCAAUGGUGCAAUGUUGCAAUUACAAUUGUAAGAAGUUGAUGCAUUGUUGCUAUUCGAUUGCAGUAACAAUGAAAUGUGUCCACUUUUUGGAAGAUUGCAUCGACAUAUUAUAGCAAUGUGAAAUGUAAUAAAUUUGUAAUAAUACGAUGUUGCUGUAUUCAUAAAAUAAUGUUGCAUAUAAAAAUAUUUUUGUUUUAUAAAAAUAAAUAUAUAUUACACUAUAUUUUUUUAGUUAAAUUUUUUUAUUUCCAAUUAUUUUGUGCAUUGACUAUUGCAAAUACAAUCCAUACGAAAAUCAAUUAUCAUUAAAAACAAAGUGCAAUUUUACGCGAGCGUACUUGCCCAUUCUAUAAUGGCGGCGUUUGAAGAUACAAUUUCGUCAUCGUAAUUUAAAAAUUAACUAACAAACAAUUAAUGUUACAAUGAUAGCAACACGAUAAUUACAAGGUGUUUACUCUAAUUUUAUUUAAUUUAUUAUAAAAAUUUCAUAAAAUUUUUUCCGGAUUUUCUAAAAAUUUUACGAAUUUUGUGUUGCCUACUGUUUUAUAAAUU